CAGUCAUCAUCAUACCUUUGUUUUCAAAAUAUUUGCAUGAUUUGCAAGUAAAAUAUUUCCUUCUAAAAUUGAAAUUAAAAACAAUUACCAAAAUGUUUCAGUUUGGCUUCAACAUGUUUCACGAAAUUACAAGACCAUUCAACAUGACCUACAGAUGUUUCUCAGUUUCUAUGCUGCCAGGAAACGAAAGAACAGAUGUGGAACGUGGAGGGAAAAUAAUAAUGCCGCCGUCUGCUCUGGAGCAACUCACAAGACUGAACAUAGAAUAUCCCAUGAUCUUCAAAUUAACAAAUAAGAAAACUAAAAGAUUGACUCACGCUGGAGUGCUUGAGUUUGUUGCUGAUGAAGGCAAAGUGUAUCUACCUCAUUGGAUGAUGACCAAUUUAGUGUUGGAAGAAGGGGCACUUAUUCAAAUAGAGAGUGUAUCACUGCCGGUCGCCACCUUCUCCAAGUUCCAGCCCCUGUCGGAGGAGUUCUUAGACAUAUCCAACCCAAAAGCAGUUCUGGAGAAUUGCCUGAGGAACUUCUCUUGCCUGACGACGGGAGAUGUGGUCGCCAUCAACUACAACUCGAAGGCCUAUGAGCUCUGCGUCCUGGAGACCAAGCCAGGGAAUGCUGUCAUCAUCAUAGAAUGUGACAUGAAUGUGGAGUUCGCGCCUCCAGUCGGCUACAAAGAAGAGGAGCACAUCCCCCGCGAGCGCGCCUCAGGGCAGGAGGGCAUGGACGAGGACCCGGCCGCCAUGAUGCCCGCGCCGAGCGGCUUCACGGCGUUCAGUGGAGCUGGCAACCGGCUUGAUGGGAAGAAGAAGAAGACGGCCAGUGAGAGCGAGGAGCAGGCGCCUGUUGUGCCGAGACAGGCGUACGUCCGCGGCAUCCCCGACUACGACUACGUGAUCGGCACGCUGCGCUUCAUCCGCUCGGCGCGACCCGCGGGCAGCAAGGAGGACUCGCCGGAGGAGCCCUUCCAGCCCUUCAAGGGGGAGGGGUUCACGCUGCGCACUGCCAAGUCUAAGAACUAGUAGCGCUCCGUUGCAGAGGUUAAAGCCGAAUGUUAACUGCUGGCUAAACUUAGUUCGCAUAGUUAAGCCAGUUUUUUAUACAUGUUCGUCCACCGCAAAGUCCGCAAACUGUGCACUAUGUAUGAAAAACUGGCUCAACUAUGCGAACUAUAAUAAUUUAGCUUGCAGUGGACGUUCGGCUUAAAUUUGUGAUUGGCAAUGGACAAAUUAGUGAUUGCAGAAUGUUUUAAAAAAAACUCGUCUAGCAUUUUACAAGUCUAAAAUAUGUCAAUUUUUUGUUUCUGUGUGAAUGAAUGAUGAUAUUUAAGUCAAGUUUAUCUUAAUUUGCAAUAUACCUAUAACUUUAUUGAGAAUUUAUAUUGAAAAUAAAACAUACAAACUUAUGAGGUGA